AUGCGCAACUCCCUAUGUUCUAGACAAUUUGAAACUAAGUGGGCUAAGCUUAUUGAAGAAUAUCCUGUCUGUGAACAAUAUUUGACACAUACUUUGUAUUUAUACAAGGAAAGUUGGGCUAGCUUUGCAG